UGCCUCCAGGUGGAAGGCGUUUUCUAUGUGAACGAUGCCUUGGAGAAGUUAAUGUUUGAGGAGUUAAGGAACGCCUGUCGCGGGGGCGGUGUUGGCGGCUUCUUGCCAGCCAUGAAGCAGAUUGGCAACGUGGCAGCCUUGCCUGGAAUUGUUCAUCGAUCCAUCGGGCUCCCUGAUGUCCACUCAGGCUAUGGGUUUGCUAUUGGGAACAUGGCAGCUUUUGAUAUGAGCGACCCGGAAGCAGUGGUGUCUCCAGGUGGUGUAGGAUUUGACAUCAACUGCGGUGUCCGCCUGCUGAGAACCAACUUGGAUGAGAGCGAUGUCCAGCCCGUGAAGGAGCAGCUGGCCCAAGCGAUGUUUGACCACAUUCCUGUUGGGGUGGGGUCCAAGGGGGUCAUCCCGAUGAAUGCCAAGGACCUGGAGGAGGCCUUGGAGAUGGGCGUGGACUGGUCCCUGCGAGAAGGCUAUGCCUGGGCCGAGGACAAGGAGCACUGUGAGGAGUACGGAAGGAUGCUGCAGGCCGACCCCAACAAGGUCUCUGCGAGGGCCAAGAAGAGGGGCCUUCCUCAGCUGGGGACCCUGGGUGCUGGCAACCACUAUGCAGAAAUCCAGGUUGUGGAUGAGAUCUUCAAUGAAUAUGCUGCAAAGAAGAUGGGCAUCGACCACAAGGGGCAGGUGUGCGUGAUGAUCCACAGUGGCAGCCGGGGCCUGGGCCACCAGGUAGCCACAGAUGCGCUGGUGGCUAUGGAAAAGGCCAUGAAGAGAGACAAGAUCAUAGUCAAUGACCGGCAGUUGGCUUGUGCGCGGAUCUCCUCCCUCAUUGGUGGCACCAUGGGGACCUGCAGUUAUGUUCUCACUGGGACUGAACAAGGCAUGACCGAGACCUUUGGAACCACCUGUCAUGGUGCGGGCCGAGCAUUGUCCAGAGCAAAAUCUCGCCGUAAUUUAGAUUUCCAGGAUGUCUUAGACAAAUUGGCGGAUAUGGGAAUUGCAAUCCGAGUUGCCUCACCCAAGCUAGUUAUGGAAGAGGCUCCUGAGUCCUAUAAGAACGUGACUGAUGUGGUGAACACCUGCCACGAUGCCGGAAUCAGCAAGAAGGCCAUUAAACUGAGGCCAAUCGCUGUCAUCAAAGGGUAGCGUCCCCAGGCCUCUGCACCACCUGCCCUCAGCCGGGUGGGCGCAGACUCAGACACUCUGGACACCACUGACUGACGGCUCUGCGGUGUGCGGCUGUGGCUGCCCAUGCUGAAUGGCUCCCUGCAGCCAUCGUCCAGAAGGAGCUGUGUGGCCUCUUACUUGUCCCAAAGAUUUUCAGGAAAAUCUGUUGGGGGCAGAAAGGGAAGGAACUGCCUUACUCAGCCAUGUAGGUCUUUAAUUAGCAGGAUGAACUGCACAAAGCGCUUUUACACCCAGUAGAUGUCAAG